AUGUCAGUUUACGUCAACGAGAGAACGGGUGCCGACGCCGAGGGCCACGGAUCUGAGGAGAAGCCGUACCAAACUGCUGCGUAUGCUGUGUUUUCGCAGCCAGAAACAAAGAUUUUUGUGUUCAAAGCUACUGACGACGGAGAAGGGUACGAAGAAAUAUCGGCGUCUGCUUUGAAAAAAGCCAAGAAAGGCGCUGAUGGACUCAGAAAAAAACAGGAGAAGGCCAAGGCUGCCUCGGAGAAACAUAACGAAACAUCAAAAAAACUCGAACUGUUGGAAGUGAUCGACAUAAAAGAGGACCAGUCACUCCCACCGGCAAAAAAAAUCAAAUUGAGAUCCAUAGGCGAAAACAUAGGCUCGCGUGUGGCCGUUCGUGGGUGGAUCCACCGUUUGCGUUUGCAGAAAGGAUUGGGUUUUGUCACGGUGCGUGACGGUACUGGCUAUGUUCAAUGUGUGUUGACGGGAGAUCUCGCCAAGGCCAAGUCGACCCACGAAUUGACGUUGGAAACCUCGAUUUGUAUCAAGGGUGUCAUCAACAAGCUCCCUGAGGGAAAAUCUGCGCCUGGCGGUGUGGAAUUGAAGGCUGACUUUUAUGAGGUUGUGGGCCAAGCUCCAUCUGGCGAAGAGUCGUUUUCCAACAAAGUCCAGGAAAAUGCCGAUCCUUCGUUGUUGUUGGACCAACGUCACUUGACAUUGAGAGGUGAAGCACUCUCUGCCGUCAUGAAGGUGCGCUCGGCCUUCUUGUACGCUAUCAGAAGAUUUUUCGAAGAAGAAGGGCUUUUGGAAGUCACUCCGCCAUGUAUGGUGCAGACACAAGUGGAGGGAGGCUCGACUUUGUUCAAGAUGAACUACUACGGCGAAGACGCUUACCUUACCCAGUCGUCGCAGCUUUACUUGGAAACCUGUUUGCCUUCUUUGGGAGACGUUUUCUGUGUCCAAGAGUCGUUCAGAGCAGAGAAAUCACACACCAGAAGACACUUGUCGGAGUACACACAUAUCGAAGGAGAAUUGGCGUUUAUAGAUUUUGAGGACUUGUUGGUCCAUUUGGAGAAGUUGCUCACCCAAACCGUCAAAUACGUGUUGGAAGACCCUGUCGCCGGACCUUUGAUCAAGCAGCUCAACCCCAACUUUGUGGCUCCCAAGGGCCCAUUCUUGAGAAUGGAAUAUGUCGAUGCCUUGGAAUGGCUCAACGAGCAUGGAAUCCCCAACGAAGACGGUGAAAAGUUCAAGUUUGGAGAUGAUAUUGCCGAGGCUGCGGAGCGUAAAAUGACCGACACCAUCGGAAAACCGAUUUUAUUGAUCAGAUUCCCAGUGGAGAUCAAGUCGUUUUACAUGCAAAAAUGUGCCGACGACCGUCGUGUGACUGAGUCUGUGGACGUUUUGAUGCCCAACGUGGGAGAGAUUCUUGGUGGCUCCAUGAGAAUGUACGACUACGACGAGUUGGUGGCUUCGAUUAAGAAGGAAGGAUUGGAUCUUGAUUCCUACUACUGGUUUACGGAUUUGAGAAAAUACGGAACUUGUCCUCACGGAGGCUACGGACUUGGAACCGAGAGAAUCUUGGCAUGGUUGUGCGACCGGUUCACCGUCAGAGACUGCAGUUUGUACCCCAGAUUCAGUGGCCGUUGCAAGCCAUGA